AUGGUGAAAGAGUCAAAGGUUGAGGUGCAUUCUAGUCAAGUUGUUGAGGAUUCCGUGCUCAAGGUUCAGAAAUUGGGAUUGAAAAAGGUGUUGUAUAGGUUUGGGUCUGAAGAGUUCUCUUUUUUCGUCACUGCCCCUGCACCUGCCGCCGCCGCCCCUGUCGUUGGAGCCGCCAUCGACGAUGGAGCUGGAGCUGCCGUUUUCGGAGUUACAAUUCAGACCAGCGACCGCACCGUUCUUCUUGUCUCAACUAGGCACCACUGCACCACUAAGAUCGCCUCAAUCGUAGUCUCCAUGCACAAUUGA